GCCCACCACCGCUCCCCUUCUCCCACAAAAGCGAGGAGGCGAAGCAGAGGCCGCAUCCCGCCGCCGCGCAGGACGAAGAGGAUCCCCGGCGCGCCACCAUGUCGUCGAUGCUGUCCGCGCUGUCGCAGUGGCUGGUGAACCCGCGCCGCAACCCGCUCGCGCGCCUCCACAUGCACGCCGUCUCCUCGCGCCUCAGGAAAUAUGGGCUGAGGUACGACGACCUCUACGACCCGUACCACGACCUGGACAUCAAGGAGGCGCUCGGGAGGCUGCCCAGUGAGGUGGUUGACGCCCGCAUCCAGCGCCUCAAGCGCGCCAUGGAUCUCUCCAUGAAGCACCAGUACCUCCACGACGACCUCCAGGCACUGCAGACACCAUUCAGAGGAUAUUUGAGUGACAUGUUGGCUCUGGUGAAAAAGGAAAGUGCGGAGCGUGAAGCACUGGGAGCCCUUCCGCUUUACCAGAGAACCAUUCCAUAAAUUGCUCUCUAGACAUGCUCGCGAUUUCUCUUCAUGACACAUCAGAAAGCAUGAAAUAAAUUGCACCGGAUGCUACUGUUUCUUUCCUACCGAAGUUCCAUUGUUCUUGCUCAUGCAGUGGAGCAUUGACCAUCACCUGUAAUUCAUGUUUCCCCCCUAAUCGAUGGGAACAAUUUUUGUUCCGUGCUGUUAACAUGUUAUAAAGUCGUCACUGUUGUUUCUUUUUGUAACA